AUGGAUACAAAUAGUCAUGUAUUUAUUUCGUGGGAAAAGCGCGUUGUUUCUCAAGGGAAGGACCAUCGUGUUGUGCACUACUACUUGAAGGAUUCAUCAAGGGAGAUGAUCCUUGUUGUGGUGGGUACUGAAAGAAGUGCAAGGCACAUGGUAUUUGUUAUCUCAGAGGAUUAUUUGGAUGUUUUUGGGCAUACAAGUAGCAUAAAUUCUGAAACAAAGUGGCGUGCAAAGCGAGAUAUAGUGGAACGGCUGAUGUUUUUGAUUUCAAAGCAUCACAAAUCACUACCUAUUUCAAAUACCCCGACAAGUGAAAGAAGAAGAAGUGUUGUAAUGGCUGGUCACUUAGCUGAUGAGGUCUCAAAACAUAUUACCCGAGAAGAUCCUCCAACUCAAAGACUUAGGGGGAGUAGAAGUGUUGGCAAGAGUGGUAUAAGAAAGCCAAUUCCUGGUAACCCGAUAAGAAAAGUCGAACCACCAACUUGCCUAAUGUUAAACAUAAAAUUUCCAAGCAUAGUACCAGUUGGAAUUCAGCGUGUUGAGCCUCAAUAUAAGUUGUCUAUUGAAGUUGGUGACAACUUAGAGGUUCUUUGCCAGGAUAGUGGCUUAAGAGGUUGUUGGUUCAGGUGUAAAGUCUUAGAGGUAUCACAAAAACGUAUGAAAGUUCAAUAUGAUGACAUCGAGGAUUGUGAUGCUCCUGAAAAGCUCGAGGAAUGGGUUCCUUCCUAUAGAGUUGCAGGCUCUGAAAAAUUGGGCAUGAGAUGCACAGGACGCCUCACAGUUAGGCCUCGGCCUCUAGAGGAUUCUUCUGACUACUCUUUUGAAAUAGGAGCUGCAGUUGAUGCUUGGUGGUCUGACGGGUGGUGGGAAGGUGUUGUUGCUGAAAUUAAUGUCUGUGGAAGCGGUCAUCAUCAGGUUUAUUUCCCUGGCGAGAACAUGCUAUUGGAGAUUCAAAGGAAGAACCUGAGGACUUCAAGUGAUUGGAUAAAUGACAAAUGGGUUGAAGUUAAGGGAAAGAAAGAUAUAAAGUCGUUCGUAAGCUCGAGUUUAACUGAUUUAUCCAAAUGCAGGAUCAAACAACACGGGAACUGUGAAAAUAAGAUGGUUCCGAAGCUUGUGGCAAUGAAGACAACAAACUGUCAAUUUCUAAACAAUCAGCUGAGAAGCAAGACAAUGAUGCUCCUAAACUAAAAAGGCGAUGAUGUAUUGAUUUUCUUGCAGGUAAAUAUUGACUUGUAAGUAUCUCUCAACGGUGCUCGACCAUGAAGGAUCUGACC